AUGACCUUGACGAAAGAGAGUUUCUAUGGGGCUCUUCUACCCCGUUCCGAGGUGGCCGAGGUCGGUAUGGACAACCCCAGGGAGGAGGAGAAGGUGACGCCGCAGUCUGUGGCAGUGACUGGAUUAGCAGAGCCGAGGAAGCAAGGGACUAGGAGGCUGGUCAUGCACAGCAUGGCCAUGUUCGGCCGGGAGUUCUGCUACGCCGUGGAGGCCGCCUUCGUAACGCCAGUGCUGCUCACUGUAGGGCUGCCCAAGAACCUCUACAGCCUCGUGUGGCUCAUCAGCCCUAUCCUGGGCUUCGUGCUGCAGCCCGUGGUAGGUUCAGCCAGUGAUCACUGCACCUCUAGCUSGGGCAAGAGGCGACCUUACGUUCUGGGUCUGGGCGUCAUUAUGCUGGUAGGCAUGGCUUUGUACCUCAAUGGGGACAUGAUGAUCUCAGCUUUCAUUGCUGAGAGAGAAAAGCGGCGGACGUGGGCCAUAGUGGUUACCAUGCUCGGAGUAGUGCUUUUUGAUUUUGCAGCUGACUUUAUUGAUGGCCCCAUCAAAGCAUAUUUAUUUGAUGUCUGCUCUCAUCAGGAGAAAGAGAAGGGUCUGCAUUACCAUGCCCUCCUUACAGGCUUGGGAGGAGCCCUAGGUUACCUGACAGGGGCUGUGGACUGGAGUAAGACCAUGCUGGGACAUCACUUGGUAUCUGAAUUCCAGGUGAUGUUCUUCUUUGCAGCCUUAGUUUUCCUUGUCUGCCUCGUUGUACACUUGUGCAGUAUCCCUGAAGUCCCCCUCAGAUACGAAAGCGAAGAGACCAAGUUCUUGCUGGAAGUGGAUGAUGAACCCCAUCAGUAUAAAUCCAUAGAGGAAAUCAAGAAUGGUUACUUAAAAUCUGCAUAUUCUGAAAUAAAGGCCACACCUAAACCAACGAAAUCCUCUGGUCCAUCACAUACAGAGACUCAGCCGCGGAUGACCCUUAAAUCUCUCCUGCGGACACUUCUAAGCAUGCCRUCCCACUACCGCAACCUCUGCGUGAGCCACCUCUUUGGGUGGAUGGCUUUCCUCUCCAACAUGCUCUUCUUCACAGAUUUCAUGGGGCAGAUCGUGUACCAGGGCAGUCCCUACGCACCUCGGAACUCCACCCUUUACCUUGCCUAUGAAAAAGGAGUGGAAGUUGGAUGCUGGGGGCUGUGCAUUAACGCGGUUUCUUCAUCACUCUAUUCUUACUUGCAGAAAGCCCUUCUGCCAUAUAUAGGAUUAAAGGGACUUUACUUCAUUGGAUACCUACUUUUUGGAUUAGGUACUGGCUUGAUUGGCUUGUUUCCCAAUGUCUAUUCCACCCUGGCUCUGUGCUCCCUCUUUGGUGUCAUGUCCAGCACACUGUACACGGUGCCAUUCCACCUCAUUGCAGAGUAUCAUCAGGAAGAAGAGAACCUGAAGCUGCAGGAUGGAGAGCAAGCCGGGACGCCCGGGCGAGGGAAGGGCAUUGACUGCGCUGCCCUCACCUGCAUGGUGCAGCUGGCCCAGAUCAUUCUCGGCGUGGGCCUUGGCCUCCUGGUCAGCGUGGCCGGCAGCACCGUCACGGUGAUCUCGGCAUCCACCGUGGCGCUCGUCGGCUGUUGCUUUGUUGCCUUUUCRGUUCGAUACGUGGGGUAA